AUGUCUCAGUCUUCAGGUGCGCCGCGCUCGCCCCUCCUCGCAUCCGCGCCACUAACCCCGCGCAGGGGCUCGAGUCAAAUGGAGUUGCAUGUAUGGAGCCAGUCAGUCAAAAUGACACGGCCACCAGGGCAUGAGAUCCCCCGCUCCCUGCCUGUGUUCGACACGCACAGCAAGAUCUCCGGGACAGUGCUCCUCGAUUCGGGGCUGGCGGCCAAUCCAGGUCGCCUGGCCAUCUCGAUGGAAGGCACGUUCGUUUACAUUUCACCACCUUCAACGGCGAACAAAGUCUCUGGGAAGGUGCCGCCCUCAGGGAUGCACCGUCAUGUGUUCGUCAUGUCAAGUAUGGUCGUCCCCGUGGAACAGCCUCAGCUUGCGCGGCAACGGUCAAACUCCUCAUUACGAGAUGCGAUUACGGCCACCGUUUCCCCUCGCAAGCCUAAGCGACAGCCGAGUCAGUCCAGUGCGAAUGGCGUGCUGAGGCCAUAUCCUUUCACGCUUGAGAUCCCGCCGCCCGCCCAGCUGAGCGAGGAGCUCCCCCCUACAUUCUCUGCAGUCGUGGAGGGACUCGUGGGGCCUCGGGGCCGAACGUACGUCGAGCGAUCGGAGAUCGCAUACAAACUCGUCGCGACCUGGGAGGGGGAUCCGACCUCGGCCGGUGCCGAUCUCAAGACGUCCGUUGAGGCGCCAAUCAUAUUUGAGCCUGAUCGCGACUUCGAGUCGCUCGACGGGCGGACGGGCGACAAGGAUGCGUGGCUGGAAGUCGUGCUGCACCCGGAACGUCCCCUCCCGUUUACAUGUGCGGUCGCGAUCCCGGAGACCCCGGCCUUCUCGCGGUCCUCCACGAUGCCGUAUUAUGUCGUAUUUACCACGGCACCCCGCUCUCCCACCCUUGCGCGUGAGAUCGUGCUCGACGCGACGAUAACCGUCGCGCUCGUGCGCCAGGUGAAUAUCGAGAUGCCGCCAGGAUCCCCGGCGUCCCCGUACCCCUCUUCACCAUCACUAUCCUCGCCCGCGCUCACGAACGCGUCCUCGACGAGCCUUAGCUCCAGCAGCGACGAAACAACAUCUUACAUCCUCGCUCACAAGACGCGUCUCCUCAAACGCCUGGUGAACAGCGCACCGCCGCGGCUCCCCCGGCGCGGGCUGAAGCUGCCCAAUUUCCCCAUGCCGGGCCACCACCGCAGGAGGACGCCCAGCGAGGUCAUCGUCACACCCGUCGAGGAGCCGGAGGGGUACUCGGACGAACGCACGCUGUACACGGAUGUGUAUGCGGGCUUCCCCAAGCGUCCGAAGCUGCGGACAGAACCGGGGCAGAAGCACCCGAGCCUGAACGCGACUGCUCUGCUUCCUGACGGGCUGUACAAAGCCAAGAUGCAGCUGCAUCCGCAGAUGAUUCCCAGCAUAGGUUGGGCCGAUCUGAACGUCAGGUACUACCUCGACGUGUCGGUCGUGUUCGGCCAGGACGAGUCGCGGGCGCGGAUCCCGAUCCGAAUAGCGUGA